AUGAAAGCAUUCCAUGAGCAACCAACAGAGGCAGAGGCAAAGGCAAGGAUUUAUCGGAGGGAAUCAGAGACCGGCCUCGCCUUCUUCGCCAACAUCGACUUGCGUCACUCCAAAGCGGGUAACUGGAGGGACACGCUCCUGAUAAACAUGGCGGGGCAAUACUAUCCGUGCUGUCCCCAGCCGGAUCUGACGAUCGGAAUCGCGUCCCACACCGUCCCGAGAGUGAUCACGGUGCUCCUUCAGGACCUGAUCAGCGGGCUGCAGGUGAAGCACGGCAACGAGUGGGCGGAUGUGACUCCCAUUCCGGGUGCUCUUGUUGUCAACAUCGGCGACCUCCUUCAGGUAAAAUUCUACUUAUGGAAGUUUACCCACCCCGUUUAA